GCCACACUGAGCCGCCGACGGAAUUCCGGCAUUUCUCUUGACGUGCGCAAACGGUCACACUGGCGGACUUGCAAUGAAAAUUAUUUAUAUUUCGCUUCUUCGCACGCAAAAAUUGGUCAAAAUAAACAAAGGUUAAUGUGCUGCUGCUAUAUAACGGUUCAGUGGUCAGUCCGCCGGACCGCCGAAUCCGCAUAACGGUAAUCCGUGCGUGUGCCGCUCAUAUAAACGGCGCUAAUUAAAAGUGGAUGCUGCAGUGGCCAUCAAAUCAACAAAAAGCCAACAGAAAACGCAGGCUUCACAAAUCGCGUAAACCCCAACAUAAUUUCCCUUGGGAAAUAACCGCCGGUUGUUUUGUUUUCCGAUUGAAGGCAAACGCAAAAAGAUCCCGUAAAUAAACAACAGUUAAGCGCUGCACUGCAAUUAAAACGGAACGGGAAGCGCAGCGGAGGACAUAAAAUCGCUGGCAAGAAGAAGAGCGCUGCCAGAAAGCGCCCUUUGAAGGGUUAAUGAAGGGGAAUUAGUGGCAAGGCGCAGUGCAGAGUGCUAAAAAGACGAACUCCUGACCAAAGUGAUCAAGGAUCAGAAAGAAACUGAGAAGCGGCAGGUGCUUGGCGCUUUGAAACGAGACAACACGACGCUGGGUUUCCAGGGUAGAGUUGCCAACCCGAAAAAUAAGCGGGGUUGCCGUUCGUUGCGCCGAAAGUGUUUACCUGCGUUUCGGGAGCCAGUUGAUUUAAAAACGCGAUUUUCAUAAGAGUCCUGGCCAGGAGAUGUCUUGGAACUCAAACUGCAGGCGGUCGCAGGCCGGAUAACCGGCAGAAAGCCCAAGCCCACCGAGCAUAACCCACUGUAGUUGGUCACCGAAGGAUCCAGAGGAUUAGUGCCCACCUCCCUAGGGACAUCACAACCACUUCUUUACCAGCGUCGAGAUCCCCUGCGCGGGAUUGGCGACGCCGCUACAACCGAAUUUCUUGCCCACGCCGUUGAAGAAAAGCUGCCACCAUUCGGAAGAAGAACACCUCGAAUAUGACCCACAAUCUUGGUAUGGCGCCAUAUCGAUUGCCGGGUCCAGCGGGCGGACUGUGUCCGCCCGACUUUAAGCCGCCGCCUCCUACGGACAUUAUCUCGGCGCCGAGCAAUCCGAAGAAGCGGCGAAAAACCUCAAGUGCCGCCAACUCCGCUGCAGCGGUGGCUGCGGCGGCGGCUGCAGCAGCUGCUGCGAAUUCCAUGCAGCAGCAGCAGGCGCCACCCACACCGCAGGAUUUGCUGCCCCCUCCUCCAAUGGGAGGCUUCGGAGACACCAUUAUUGCCUCGAAUCCAUUCGACGACAGUCCCCAGGUGUCGGCGAUGUCCAGCUCAGCGGCCGCGGCAAUGGCGGCCAUGAAUCAGAUGGGCAGCGGACCAGGAGGCGGUCACUUUGGCGGCGGUGGACCGGGUGGGCACCCGCACUGGGAAGACCGCAUGGGCAUGGGCGGUGGACCUCCUCCCCCGCCGCACAUGCAUCCCCAUAUGCACCCGCAUCAUCCAGGCGGACCCAUGGGUCAUCCACAUGGCCCACAUCCGCACAUGGGUGGUCCGCCUCCAAUGCGAGGCAUGAGCCCCAUGCACCCCCACCAAAUGGGACCGGGACCAGGCGUCGGACUUCCGCCGCAUAUGAAUCACGGAAGGCCAGGGGGACCUGGUGGCCCUGGAGGACCCGUUCCAAUGGGCAGUCCCAUGGGUGGAAUAGCUGGCAUGGGCGGCAUGAGUCCAAUGGGCGGAAUGGGAGGCCCCAGCAUAUCACCCCAUCAUAUGGGCAUGGGCGGACUGUCGCCCAUGGGAGGCUGUCCCAACGGACCCAAUCCGCGAGCCAUGCAGGGUUCACCGAUGGGCGGUCCGGGCCAGAACUCGCCAAUGAAUUCACUGCCGAUGGGAUCGCCAAUGGGCAAUCCAAUUGGCAGCCCGUUGGGCCCUCCCUCGGGACCGGGCCCUGGAAAUCCCGGCAAUACCGGCGGACCACAGCAGCAACAACAACAACCUCCGCAGCCACCGAUGAACAACGGGCAGAUGGGUCCUCCUCCUCUGCACAGUCCGCUCGGGAACGGACCAACGGGUCACGGCAGUCACAUGCCUGGAGGACCAAUCCCAGGACCAGGUCCUGGGCCUGGCGGCCUAGUAGGACCCGGUGGCAUCUCCCCCGCGCACGGCAAUAACCCGGGUGGUCCUGGGAACAACAUGCUUGGCGGAAAUCCCGGCGGCGGCAACAGCAACAACAACGGAAGCAAUACAAGUAACGCCAGCAACAACAAUCAAAAUCCUCACCUCUCGCCAGCAGCCGGACGCCUGGGAGUGCCGACGUCGAUGCAGUCGAAUGGACCUUCGGUAUCAUCGGUAGCCUCCUCAUCGGUUCCCUCGCCCGCCACGCCCACGCUCACGCCCACAUCGACGGCCACGUCCAUGUCCACGUCAGUGCCUACAUCCUCACCAGCGCCGCCCGCCAUGUCACCGCAUCACUCGCUAAACAGCGCCGGCCCGAGUCCGGGCAUGCCCAACUCCGGACCCAGCCCGCUGCAGUCGCCAGCCGGACCCAAUGGCCCCAAUAACAACAACAGCAAUAACAACAACGGACCCAUGAUGGGCCAGAUGAACCCGAACGCAGUUCCUAUGCAGCACCAGCAGCACAUGGGCGGCGGCCCACCUGGCCACGGGCCCGGACCAAUGCCCGGAAUGGGCAUGAACCAAAUGCUGCCACCGCAGCAACCCUCGCAUCUUGGUCCCCCGCAUCCGAAUAUGAUGAACCACCCGCAUCAUCCGCAUCAUCAUCCUGGCGGACCACCGCCGCACAUGAUGGGAGGACCUGGAAUGCACGGCGGUCCUGGUGGAAUGCCUCCUCAUAUGGGCGGAGGACCUAAUCCGCACAUGAUGGGCGGUCCGCACGGGAACGCGGGUCCGCACAUGGGCCACGGCCACAUGGGUGGAGUACCAGGUCCAGGACCCGGACCCGGUGGCAUGAACGGACCCCCGCAUCCGCACAUGUCCCCGCACCACGGACACCCGCAUCACCACCACAAUCCAAUGGGCGGCCCAGGUCCCAAUAUGUUCGGCGGUGGUGGAGGAGGUCCCAUGGGUCCCGGUGGACCGAUGGGCAACAUGGGGCCCAUGGGAGGUGGGCCGAUGGGCGGCCCUAUGGGCGUUGGUCCCAAGCCGAUGACAAUGGGCGGCGGAAAGAUGUACCCGCCGGGUCAGCCAAUGGUCUUUAAUCCGCAGAACCCGAAUGCGCCGCCCAUAUAUCCUUGUGGCAUGUGCCACAAGGAGGUGAACGACAACGACGAAGCCGUGUUCUGUGAAUCCGGUUGUAACUUUUUCUUUCACAGAACCUGCGUUGGCCUGACAGAGGCGGCCUUCCAAAUGCUCAACAAGGAGGUGUUUGCCGAGUGGUGCUGCGACAAGUGCGUGUCUUCCAAGCAUAUUCCCAUGGUCAAGUUCAAGUGUUGAAGCGGAUCGGAUUUAAAAUCAGCAAAUCGCAUCGAUCAACCACCAGCGAAAGCGAAAGCAAUAGCACCAGCAACAGCACCAGCUAGCACCCACUCACUGUAUAAAAUAUCCAAGCAUUAACUCUAUCUUAAUUGUAAGACUUAAGCUGCUCAAUAGUCAAGACCCCGACCGAUCCAGAGACCCACCAGUCCCCAUCCCGGCAGCUAAGCCCCGUAGCCAGAAUGCGACCCACUAAAGUGCCGGAGCAGUGUUGUGAAUUUGAGCUCCGGGCUUCCUGGCCAACUGCGGCGUGCUCCUGAAACAAAUAAGCAAGGCAAACCUUAACGAAAAGUGUAAACGAAAUAUGUUAAUUGUAAUAUAAUUGUAAUUUGUGUGUGAGCGUCUGCAUGUGGAGCGAUCGAAGAGGACGACGCCGCAACAAGAAGACGGAAAGAAAGCUGAGAAACACUCUAGUUUGUAUUAUAAAAGAAAAUGGAUAAAUCUGAAGAGCAGGCCAGGCGGGAUGAUGAUGCACAUCUCCAAUCGAAUAGCACUCGCCUGGCAAGAAAUCCGCAUGAAACACAACAGACAACCAACCACUCGUAACUAUAUAAACAUAUAUCUAAUGACAUAUUCAACACAUUUGGAGAUGAGUAUUGGAGUUGUAACGAAAUGAAAUUAUCAUUGUGAAAUUGCUGCGAACUGCAUGAGUGUGUUAUUUGUUAUUACGAAUCUAUAUUAUUUUUAUACUUGUGUGCGUUUACAUUUUAAAUAUUUAAUACGGAAGAGCGGUUCGAACGAUUGAAGGAACUCCAUCGUCGAUCAUUUUACACGAAAAUAUUCAGCAUAGUCGGAAUCGGAGAAUGUAUAAUAAGGAAUCGAUUGCGAACAAAAGCACAAGAAAUUAUGAAUUCAUGUGAGAAAGGUUAAUCUGUAAUUUAAGACGGAUGUGGAGGACGCAGCGAACAUAAACGAUUCAAGAGAAAACAAAUUUGUAAAAAUAGGAAAACAAGAAGUACUCUAGGCUACUGCAACUAUAAGUUAUUUAUAAUUAAAUAAAAUACCAUAUAAAAUAAAGUAAGCUCUAGUUAUGAA